AGAGGGGAAAAGGAGGGGGGACCGGGCUCCCCCCAGGUGUGCGGCGGCGCUUUGGGCGAUGCCGGGGACGAGCGCGCCGUCGAGCUCGGCGCCCACGCGGCCAGAGCUGGAAGUUGAGUGUGUGGCUCAACUCCGGAGAAUUGGAGACAAAUUGAAUUAUCCUGGGUGUGGCCCAGAGCUCCUUGGAACGCUGGCGGAGAUGCCUGGGAAGAAGGCACUGAAGGGCGCCCCGCGGAGCCCCACUCCGAUGCCCGCAGAACUGGAAGCUGAGUGCAUUCAACUCAGGAGAAUUGGAGAUAAAUUGAAUUUCCGGCAGAAACUUCUGAAUUUGAUUUCUAAACUCUUCAGCUUAAUAACAUGACUGCUUUUAAACGUUGGUGUGAGGGGACUCCUUCAAAGAGGAAGUUUCCCAGUGGGUGCAAAUUUCAACAGAAGAUGAAAUUGCCUGGUCAUUGACGGGAGUGUGAAGGAAAUUUCCUUGCUGCUAGGUUGAGGGAAGACGGAAUGAAGCAGACAGCAAUUUCUGCAAGGAGGUUCCCAGAAUCACUCCAGAGAUGUGAGAAUCUUGCAAAACCACUUUAUUUUAAGUAAGCAUGGAAUAGCCUUGAAAAUAGGGAAGCAAUUAUGAGCCCAUGUCUUUGUAGGGACUUGUUUUUUUAUCAUUUUUGCUGAAGGUGGCUAUCUAGUGUGAGGGUGUGACACAUACUUGCAGCGGGCAGGAGGGAAAUGGUUCCGUGUCUUUUACUUAUUUGAUGACAACUCCACAACACGGUCAACAUACAACCCUUAGAAGAGGAAAAGAAUUUCAUUUUGACAACACUGAAUGUCAUAGUGAACAUUCAUUUUUCAUAGGUCACUACAAAAUGUAACAUAAUUUUUUUUUUACUUGAACUGUUAGAUUUCUUUUCUGAGGACUGUUAAGUAUGUUUCUUUGGCCUCAAAUGGAAAAUGUAAAAAGCUAGAAAAAAAAAUGGAAGUAUGGUAGGGUUUCUUGGUGCCUGUAAAAUGCUUGUAGAUUGAAUAUUAAGUGAUUAAAAAAAACUUUGGUCUUUCGUAUAAACAAGGGGAAUGGGAAGAGAGGAAUUUGACUUUAACUGAUAAAAUUAAAACUUAGUAAAACACAUAUAGGUUCCUAAAAACGUGUAAGAUACCCUCUCUCCCACUAGUUGGUAUCAUUCUACAAGUGACCUUUUAAAAGAAAUUAGAAUAUUUUCAAGAUUGAGAUAUUUUUAAGAGUGAGCAGAUAUUUCUGAAUAAUGAAAAAGCAUAUGCAUAUAUAUAUCUGUGAAUAAUUUAUAUUAGUCUGUAUAUUUUUAAACUGAAUGAGUUUCAUUUUUAUUCUGGGGUAUCUAAGAAUGAAACUCAAAAGUAAUCAAUAACAAAGCAUGUUGGUGUCUAGCAGAUACAUGGCAGAGAAACGUGAGUACAAAUCAUGAGUUGUCAUCUUGCACAUGCUACAUUGGCUAUUACCAAAAAGACAAUGCCUGUAUCACAGUGGUCAUGAGGCUUGUGGAUUGUGAGGUUUAGGUCAGCUUGCAAUACAUGGUUACCCCCUGUCUCAAAAAAAAAAAAAGAUGAAAGAAGGAUGUAGAGAAAACACCCUUACUAGUGUAGCCACUUUGGAAAACUGGAUUUUUCUUUAAAAAUUAAGAACAGUCUUUGAUCCAGCAAUCCCACCAUUGGGUAUCUAAAUACUUAAAAGGAUUUGAGAGUUUGCUGAGGGCCUAUCUUCUGUAUGCCUGUGUUUGUUGCAUUAUUUACAAUAGCCAAGAUAUGGAAGCACUCUGUCUCCAUGGGUGAAUGGAUUUGCAAAAUGAUAGAUUAACUGAAAUAUUAGCAUUAAAAAGGUGUCAUAACAUGAUGGACAUAGAGAACAUUUUAUUAGGAGAAAUAUGUCAGGAACAGACAAAAUACCAUAUGUUCUCAUAUGGUAAUCUACAAAAAUCAAACAGAAAUACAGUAGGGAUGUGAUUUCCAGAGUGGAUGGACAGAUGGGUGGGUAAGAGGAAACUCAUUGGUUAAGAGGUACAUCAGAAAGGUCUGACACUGGACAGCAAAGUAACUUGUUAAUGUAUAUUUCAAAACAACUAAAAGGGGUGGUAGUGUUCUCAUUGCAAGGAGAUAGUAAACAUGAGGUGAUGAAUAUACUGAUUAUUGUGAUUUGGGCAUCCCACAGUACAGCCAUGUAUAGAACCACUGUGACCCAUAAAAUAUAUGCAAUUUAUCAAUUAAAAAUAAAUUACCCCAGGGAGGUAAUAUCAUGGAAUAAUGUCAUGAUUGAGUUUUACCAGGCGUAUUAUUUAUUUUAUCUAUUUAUAAUUAAAAUAUUUUUUGUUUAGUUUGACAUGUGUAUUAGCUACAUUUCUGUUAGGAGGGCUUCCUACAUAACCACUUGGAUUACAGUAAGAAUGUCAAUGUAAGCUAGUCACAUUGUAUAAAUUACCUCAGCAUCUGUCUUCAGUAUUAAAGUUAUUUGUUGCCAAGGUU